AUGGUCCUGCAGUACAUGAACCGAAAAGCGGGGAAGACAUCAUCUGCCAUCAUAUGGACCUAUUGGCUCAUCGAAAUGCUCGCGACCUUGCCGAAAUACUACAGGGUGAUGCUGUACGCUUUCGGCGGUCCCACACUGAUGGAUGAUCAAGUUUCUGUCAAAAGUUUCGUACUGACCGCGAUAAUCUAUCCCCUGAUCGUAACAUCUUUCGUCCUGAACUGCUUCGCAGACAUUUGGCCGAUUCCGAAAGGCAAACGGGCUCCGAAUCCCUCACCCUUAAUGACCGCCCCGCCUUUAUCCGCCCUCGUAUUCGAGUGGAUGACGUCGUUUAUCAUCCGAGGAUAUAAACGCUACAUCACAGAGGAGGAUCUAUACGAUCCUCUGCCGUACCUCAAGUCAAGUACAAGCUACAAAUCUUGGGUGAGCAGCUGGGACGAAGAAUUGCGGCGAGCCAAGUACAAUCCUGAAGACGGGAGCUUCGAUCCGAAAUUCGCGCCUUCAUUGUUCAAAACGCUGAUCGCCACCUUCUGGCCAAGUCUCACAACGGCCUUCAUCAUAAUUCUGAUUCGAUCCUUCGUGAGGACCAGUCCCGCAUUGGUUUUGAAUUUGGUCACAAGUUUCAUGGAGGAUGAGUCGCAGCCGCUAUGGAAAGGGAUCUCCUACGCCGUACUCUUGUUCUCGCUCAAUACAGUGGCGUCGUUUUGCUUCCGGCAUUCCGAUUAUGUGCUGGCAGCAAUGGGCAUCAAAAUCAAGGGGGUUCUCAUGGCAGCUAUCUAUCAGAAAGCUCUGAGAAUUUCCGCCAAAUCUCAGGGUCGGUACACCGUGGGCGAGCUUGUGAACCUCGUCUCCAUUGACGCCGAUAAAGUACUCCGACUAAGCACGAGCUCUUCGAUGACGGUCGCCGCUCCGAUGACGAUCAUCUUGACCAUUAUACUUCUGUGGCAAUACCUCGGGCCGUCUUGCCUCGCGGGAGUGGCGGUCAUCGUUCUCAUGAUGCCGCUGUCUGGCUUCCUGGCUGCUAAGAAUCGCCAACUCCAGGAGAGGCAGAUGAAAUUGAAAGACGGUAGACUGAAAUCAAUGAACGAAAUCAUCAGCAGCAUCAAAAUUCUUAAACUCUUCGCUUGGGAGCCCCCCUUCACAGCGCGCGUUGAGAGUGUGCGCGAGAAAGAGGUGUCCAUGUUGAAGAGGUUCGCUUACAUGACUGCCGGCAUCGGAUUCUUUUGGACGUGUACACCAUUCCUCGUCGGUUUGAUGUCAUUCAUGACCUUCGUGUUGGUGUCCCCGGACAACAUUCUCACACCAACUGUGGCUUUCGUCUCUCUGACUUUGUUUUACCAGAUGCGUUUUUCAAUGGUCACGAUCCCUGACUUCAUAUCGAACGCGACCCAAACCGCAGUCUCUUUCGGACGGAUCUGGAAAUUCCUCAUGUGCGAAGAGAUGAAUCCGCGAAUCAUCGGAUCCAACCCCCAGGACGGGGAUGCGAUCACCAUGAGGAACGUAACCGCAACUUGGGGCGGCGAUAGUUUGCUGCCGACUCUCGCAGGUUUCAACCUGAAUGUCCCGAACGGCAAAUUGCUCGCAAUCGUCGGACCGGUGGGCAGCGGGAAAUCGUCGGUGCUCUCUAGCAUGUUGGGGGAUCUUAGCGUCUCUGAGGGCAGAAUAGACAUAUCGGGCUCCAUUGCCUAUGUUCCUCAGCAAGCCUGGAUCCAAAACCUGACAAUCAAGGAGAACAUAAUCUUCACAAGCGAGUUCGAGAGACGCAAGUACGAGAAGGUGCUCGACGCGUGCUGUCUCCGGCCCGAUCUUGGCAUACUCCCCGGGGGAGAUCAGACAGAGAUCGGCGAGAAAGGUAUCAACCUCAGCGGUGGCCAGAGGCAGCGUGUGGCAUUGGCAAGGGCGGCCUAUCAAAACAAAGAUAUCUAUCUAUUCGACGAUCCUCUCAGCGCUCUCGAUGCUCACGUGGGGAAAUCGAUCUUCAACAGUCUGAUGAGUUCAGGAGGCAUGUUGCGUAAGAAGACGCGGGUUUUGGUCACGAAUAAUUUGUCGGUGAUACCGGAUGUGGACUACAUUGUCGUUUUGAAAGAAGGUGAAAUAGUCGAACGGGGCACCUAUGCGGAUUUGAUGAAUUCCGGAGGGGUUCUGGCGGAACUUUUGAAGGAGUUCGAUAUCGAUGAGAGCCGUCGCGUACGAGAAGAACGCGCCGCUGCAGUUGCCUCUAAAGAUGGAGAUUCCGAGACACCGCGGCGUCGAGCCAUGUCGUUCGGGAGUGAGAUCGCGAGAUCCAUGUCCAUAGCUGACUCCAUCGCCGGAGACGCUGAACAACAGCACCUCGAGCGAUUUCAACUAGUCGCUAAGGAAACUGUAGAAACGGGCAUCAUCAAAUGGAGUGUUUACAAGAACUACUUCAUGCAUGUCGGUUUCGCUCUGACUUUCCUCGCACUGAGUUUCUACAUAGGUUUCCGCACACUCGACAUCGUUAGUGGCUUGUGGCUAUCGGCCUGGUCCGAGGACAAGGAUCUGAGCGCGGGAAACAGAAAUUAUCGCUUAGGUAUCUAUGCAGUGAUCGGUGUUUGUCAGGGUAUAUCGAACUUCUGCGGAGUUGCAUUCCUUACGAAAGCCACUAUCACCGCUGCGACGGAAUUGCAUAAAGAAAUGCUCCGUUCUGUCAUGCGAGCACCACUAUCGUUUUUCGACACCACACCGAUGGGACGAUUACUCAACCGAUUCGGCAAAGACCUGGAUCAAUUGGAUGUGCAGCUCCCUCUGAUGGCGAACUUCAUGUUGGAAAUGUUCUUCCAAAUCAUUGGCGUCAUCGUAUUGAUUUCCACUCAGAUUCCGAUUUUCCUCGUUGUGGCGAUCCCAAUUAUGUCUCUGUUCGUCGCGCUGCGCCAAAUAUUCGUGCGGAGUUUGCGACAACUCAAACGUCUGGAAGCUGUGACGAGAUCGCCUGUCUAUAGUCAUUUCUCGGAGACCAUUAACGGUUUGUCGAGUAUCCGUGGGUUCGGCGUGGCUGAAGUUUUCCAAAGGAUGAACGGGAACAAGGUCGACACCGCACAAAACUGCAGUUUCCACGUAACUAUCAGCAACUAUUGGAUGUCUAUACGCUUGGAGUUCCUUGGAAACUUGCUGAUCUUUGUCAUGAUCAUCUUAGUCGUCACCAACAGAGAAUAUUUCGAUGCUGGCACCGCCGGUCUCUUAAUCUCGUAUUCCCUGAAUUCGGUAGUCGCCUUCAACUUUUUCGUUUAUUUCUCGACGGAAGUAGAAGCUACGAUCGUCGCAGCCGAGCGCCUGGAUGAGUACACGAAUGUCCCCCCUGAAGCCGAUUGGGUCUCCGACAAUCCACCGGAAAGCGAUUGGCCCCAAAGCGGUGCGAUAGCCUUCGAGAGCUACUCUACGCGCUAUAGAACUGGUUUAGAUCUAAUUCUAGAAGAUGUCAAUCUCUCGAUCGAACCCCAACAGAAAAUCGGGGUCGUCGGAAGAACGGGUGCUGGGAAAUCUUCAUUAAUUCUUACAAUAUUCCGUAUAAUCGAGGCCGUCAAGGGGAGAAUCAUCAUCGACGGUAUCGACAUUUCGAAGAUAGGGCUCCACGAGCUCCGCUCGAGGCUCACUAUUAUACCUCAAGAAUCGGUGCUUUUUAACGCGAGCUUGCGUUUCAAUCUCGACCCGAACGACGAAUAUACCGACGAGGACUUAUGGCAAGCUCUCGAGCGCGCUCAUCUGAAGACGUACUUCGAAAAUCAAAAUGGCUUGGAUACUCCGAUCGCGGAGGGUGGAGGAAAUAUUUCAGUCGGACAGCGUCAGCUUGUUUGUCUUGCUAGGGCGGUUCUUAGGAAGAGGCGUAUUCUCGUUCUGGAUGAGGCGACGGCUUCAGUUGAUCUCGAGACGGACGCGCUGAUCCAGGAGACCAUUCGAUCUGCCUUCAGCGAUUCAACCAUUAUAACAAUAGCUCAUAGAAUUAACACGAUCCUAGACUCGGAUAUUGUUGUGUUGAUGUCUGCCGGACAUAUAUCGGAAAUUGGCCCUCCUCGCGAUUUGCUCAGCAACCCAUCGAGCGAAUUCGCCGAAAUGGCGAGGGAAGCCGGCGUACCAAUCGAAUACGAAGCCAAGGACGACUGA